AUGCAACUAUUCAUGUAUUCUGCAUUUCUUCUUGGUUUUGUCUUAAACCUACAAUUUUCACCUGCUAUCAGUACCACAACAACUGCGACAGUCACUGCAACACCACCGGCGAAUAGUACAAUGCUAUCUUCAACAACGGCGCCGCCACCAAUCAAUGGGACGAUGGGAUCUUCAACCACUGUCAUACCAUCAAUCAAUGGUACAAUGGGGUCUACAAGCACUGGUACUCCACCAAUGAAUGCUACUAUGGCAAUUACUAGUACUUUCACACCACCAGUCAAUGGUACAAUGCCAUUGUCAACCACGGUCACACCACCGAUGAAUGGUACAAUGCCGUUGUCAACCACUGUCACACCACCAAUGAAUGGUACAAUGGGGUCUUCAAGCACUGUUACACCACCUAUGAAUGGUACAAUGCCGGUGUCAACGACUGUCACGCCACCAAUCAAUGGUACAAUGCCGCAGUCAACCACUGUCACACCACCAAUCAAUGGUACAAUGGGGUCUUCAAGCACUGGUACUCCACCAAUGAAUGGCACAAUGGGGCCAUCAAGCACUGGUACUUCAUCAAUCAAUGGCACGAUUGCGCCUUCAACUACUGUGAUGCCAAUUGUCAAUGCGACAACAUUAUCUGGAACUACUGCUACAGCACCGGUGAACGGUACGAUGCCCCUAUCAUCUGCUGUUACGCAGCCAGCUAAUAGCACAAUAGUAGUUUCGUCGGCUUCUGUUACAACAACUGUACGAAAGACAAGUGGAAGUGUUCGCAAUACCUUUAGCUCAUUUUCAAAAAUGUGUUUGAUCUAUGUCGUAUUAGUGUUUCUUGCCUGGAAAGAAGUCAAUUAG